GAUGGCGGGCUUAUGGACCCCACUUUGAUUGCUGUGAAGUGUAUGCAGCAAUGAGUGUCUCAUUGUCUGCAAGGGGAUCAGAAGGAGAGACGCAAUCCUGCUAGAUCAAGUUCUUCCAUCUGCUUAUACAUUGCAAACCACCUAUGGAUGAUCUUCAAGUUGAGGGGCUUCAUUUUGUCUUAUUUCCGCACCUAAUACCAGGCCAUAUGAUACCCAUGAUAGACAUUGCAAGACUGUUAGCAAAGCGCGGCAUGGUUGUCACCAUAUUCACCACCCCACUGAAUGCAGCUCGUUUUGCGUCUGUUCUUGUUCGUGCCAGAGAAUCAGGGCUCCAGAUCAGGGUUAAAGGACUCAACUUUCCAUCUGAAGAAGCAGGACUACCACAAGGUUUUGAGAAUUUAGAUAUGGUGUUUUCGUCUGACGAUGCUUUGAAGUUCUUGAAUGCAGUUUCCAUGCUGCAACAGCCUGCGGAGAAAUUGUUUGAAGAGCUAACACCCCGGCCAAGUUGCAUUAUUUCUCAUAUGGUCAUGCCCUGGACAGUCCCUAUCGCGACCAAGUUCCAUGUACCAAUGAUUUCUUUCAAUGGGUUUUCUUGCUUUUGUAACUUGUGCAUGCACAGCAUACAUAAUUCUAGGGUUCUUGAGAACAUAAGUUCAGAUUUUGAAUACUUCGCCAUUCCUCGCUUCCCCGAUCAUAUCAAAAUUACCAUAGCCCAGUUGCCAUCGCCCCUAAGACCAGAUGCAAGAGAGCAUCUUGACAAACUGUUAGCCGCCGAGAGUCUGAGUCUUGGGAUGAUUAUUAACUCAUUUGAAGAGCUGGAGACUGAAUAUGUCACAGAGUACAGAAAGGUGAAAGGAAAUAGGGUUUGGUGUAUUGGACCAGUUUCUUUAUCCAACACAAACACUUUGGAUAAGCUUGAGAGAGGUAAGAGGACCUCAAUUGAUGAAAAUGAGUGCUUCAAGUGGCUAGACUCACAGCAACCAAGGUCUGUAGUCUAUGCUUGUCUUGGAAGUAUGAGCAAUCUAACACCUUCACAAUUGAAAGAACUUGGGUUAGGCCUGGAGGAAUCAGGAAGACCAUUCAUUUGGGUUUUAAGGGAAGGAAAUAAAUCAAAGGAUAUGGAGAAGUGGAUUUCAGAAGAUGGAAUUGAAGAAAGAAUCAAAGGGAGAGGCCUUAUAAUCCGGGGUUGGGUUCCGCAAGUUUUGAUACUGUCACACCAGACAAUUGGAGGAUUCUUAACACAUUGUGGAUGGAAUUCAAUCCUUGAAGCAAUAAGCAUGGGUUUGCCUAUUAUUACAUGGCCACAAUUUGAAGACCAAUUCUGUAAUGAGAAGUUAGUCACUCAAGUGCUAAAGAUUGGUGUCAGCGUUGGAGUGGAGGUUCCGACGCUAACAUUAGUAGAAGAUGAGGCAGGGGUCUUAGCAAAGAAAGACGAUUUUACGAAAGCUAUAGAUAGUUUGAUGAGUGAAGGAGAUGAGGGAGAAGAAAGGAGGAGGAGAGCCAGAGAGCUUGGGGAGAUGGCAAAGAGAUCAGUAGAAGAAGGAGGCUCUUCUCACCUCAAUCUGACAUUGCUUAUCCAGGAUAUCAAGCAACAAUCUUGUGGCUGAUGUCGAUACAUGACAAAAGAGAAAAUGACUCUGUCCAUUAAUUUUAAGUAUCUAGUUAAUGUCUGUCUGUCUUAUUUCUGUUGAUUAUUGGUAAAUGGUUGUCUCUGUGUGUUAUCUGUUAUGUUCUUGAUGGUGAUUUUUUUGGUUCUUUGAUAUUUCUUUUAGGAGGUUCUGUUAAUGUGUGAGCUUCAUUAGCAGCUUUGGAGCUUCAAUUUGUAACAAUUUCCUGUUUGGAUUUGCAUAUUUAUAUCUGCAUACCUUAUGUCUGCAAA